AUGAAGGUUCUUAAGAAGGCGACCGAAUACUGUGAGGACAAGGACCUGAAAGAAAUGUUUGACAUGAAUAUUGGGGACUACGACUCCCUUAACAAGUAUGCGAUUAAGGUGUUCGAUGCUAUGGCAAAUGACACCCUCGCUGUGGAAGCCAAAGAGCUGUUUAAGCCUCGCUCUGAGUCGGCCGUACUGCCUGACGUGGCCAUCUACACUGUUGUCAUUUGGGCCUGCAUCUGUUUCAGCAACAUCAAGGCUGCUCACAACGUCUACCAGUGUAUGAUAGAUAACGGUGUCGCCCCCAACUCCUGCACUUACAUUAUACUCAUCAAUACACUUGCAAAUAACUCAUCUUCUGAUGUCAAUUUUGUUUGGUAUGCCAAGAAGUAUUUUUUGGAAAUGUUGGCUAAGGGGAUGACGCCUCCUUCAUCUUCCUACAUGGCCGUCUUCAAAGCCAUUGCACGCCAGGAGCCGGUGGUGAAGGCCAAGGAGGCAAGGAGUUUCUUGAGCAGAUACAAGCAAAGGGGUUCAGCCCUAAGUUAG